AUCGUUGACUAAUUGUGUCGUUAAAUAACUCAUUUUUCGUCCUGUAAGUUUACCCCUCUGGACAAUUUAGUCCUCUUCGAAUAGCCAUUUUGAUUUUCGUCCUCUAACUUUUAAAAAAGGUUGCAAAUUCGUCCCCGACUCGCCGGAAACCCGUUAAUUGCCCGGAAACACACACGUGACACGCACGUGAUGGAAAUUAACGGCUCUUUCGGCCUACGUGGUGCCGGAUUUCACACGCGGACAUCUUUACUUACACGUGGCGGCCGAAAUCAAAAGAAAAAAAAAAAAUUUCCACGUGUAUACACACGUGGAAUUGGAGGGAAAAACAGAUGAAAGGCAGGAACAUGAACAGUCACUUCACUUCUCCCCACAAUCGCGUUCCCAAAUUCUCUGUGAAGAAAAAAUCCCUCCAUCUACAUCGUUCUCAAAUUCUUUCUGAAAUUCUGAAGGUAAAAAAAUCGAAAGCUCAAAAUCAAGUAUUGAGAAGCAAGAAUCCAAAUGAUUCCUGAGAAGGUGUUCAUCCGGAAGAAGAUUCGUAUGCACAAUGGACCUCCCACAUACGGAAAUAGAAGGUAUUAUUUCAACUCGGGUGCUACAUUUAACUUACUGAAAGAUGAUGCAACUUUAUGUAACUGGGCUAAAUGUUUCUAUACUAAUAGAUUGAUGGACAUACACAUUGAUCUAAUGGAUGAAGGUCAAUUUGUGCCUACUUCUAAGUAUGAUGAAGGUGGUUGGGUAGAAUUGGAGAAAAAUAAUGAGAGUGAAGCAGAGAGCAGUGAAACAAGUGAGAGCAGUGAAACAAGUGAGAGUGAAAAGACAGAUAAUGAGGGUUGUGAAAAAAAUGAAGGCAAGGGUAGUGAAAAAAAUGAAGGCAAGGGUGCUGAGGUACCUGAUAGGGGUGAUGAUGGGUGUGAUAGUGAUGGGGGUGAUAGUGAUGGGGGUGAUGAGGGUAGUGAAACUAUAGACAGUGACUUUGAUCUUAGAUCAGAAAGUAGUUGUGGGAGGGAUGAUGCAGACUUUGAUCACAAUGUAGACAAAUCUGUGGAGUCUGAAAUUGAAUCUGAGUCUGAUAGUAGACCUAAGAAAGCAAGGAGGAUUGAUCCUGAUGAGAAAGGAGAGAAAAGACAGAAAAUGAAGGCAAAGAUUCAAAUGAAGAUGAAGAGGCAGCAGACAAGUUUGAAAUGUGGAAAAUGUGGCAAUGUGGGUCACAAUGCCAGAUCUUGUGGCAAGAAAAACCUUUCUGAUGCCAAGAAGGAUCAGAGCCCACUAGCUAAAGCAAGCAGGACAAUUUUGCAAAUUAAGAGGGCUAAUGCUGCAAGACAGGAGAAAGCAGCUAAGGCUAUUGCAAAAAAGGCCAAAGAAAAUGAAAGGGAAGCAAAGAAACAGAAACAAGGUUUAAGCAUUGAUAAGCAGGUGAAAAAACAAGGCUCCACCUCCACCAUAGAGAAAGAGAAAGAAUGGCCAAGCAUGGCACCACCUGCUCCAUUUGUAGAAGAAACUGACUGGGAUGAUGAAGGCUUUGUGUCACAAUUGACACAAGAGUUUUGUGCAACUCCACAGCCUGAGAUGACAAAGGGACCGACACCCCUUGAACAACUGAAAAUGGGAUUAGGAGAUGAUUCAUACUUUAGAGGUAAGCAGUUGGAGGCCAUCAAUGCAAGAGAUGGAACUCCAGCAAUGUUUGAAAGGAUUCAAAAUGACCUCUCUCUUGGUAGCUCAUCUCAGAAGUUGAAGCAGAUCAAAAAGGAGAAGGGAGAAAAUUCUAGAAAGAAUUGAAUUUCAGUUGAUUUGAUAGGAAACUGAAUUUAGUUGAUUUGGUUGUAAAACAUUUGCAGGAUUUGUUUGAAACUUAAUUUUGUUUUGGUGUUAAUUUUGUUUUGCUUGGUG